AUUUCCUAAAAACUUGCAGUCGACGUUCGACGAAGCUUGGACGACGACCAGGCCGUUUGGGCAAGGCCCUUCUCUGGGUUUUUCUGGCCCAUCGCAGACUUCGAUCACUCCCGCACCUAUCCUUCAAGGUGUGGGAGUGACGACGGCGAUUCCCGGAGGAGAUGCCAGCUCCAGUCGGGCCCAGGAGGCUCGUGUAGCAGCGGCCGCGGCGAUGCCACCACCACCACCACCACCAGAUCCAACACAAGGGCAGGGAGGAGUGAUGGCGCAAGGAGGAGUGCCACCACAGGCAGCCGUACAAGCCCCCGGCCAACAAAUGGUGGCGAUGACCCGAGAAGAGAUGCAGAGGAUAGCGGCGGCCGCGGCGGCGCAGGCGGUGCAGCAAGUCGCGAGUCAUACAUCUCAUGCCACCACUGCACCGACCACGGUGGCCGGAAGCCAGGAUGAGGAUAUGUCUAGUUAUGGAGAAGGAGGAGCUGGAAGAGAUCGGACAAUGGAGAGGAUGGCGGAGCAGUUGCGCCAGCUGCAAGACAAGGUGGAGGGGAGGCCAGAGAAGAGAGCUCGAGGACAUCCCUUUUCAAGGGAGAUUCUCGCUGCUACUUUGCCAAAUAAUUUCAAGAAGACCAACUUGGUGUAUGAUGGGUCUUCUGACCCAUCGAGGCAUGUGAGGACCUUUGAAAAUAUGGCUGUGUUGCAUGGGUACUCUGAUUCUGUUUGCUGCAGGGCAUUUUUAUCGACUCUGCGUGGAGGAGCACUCGAUUGGUUUCAUCAGCUUCCCCCUGGGUCGAUCGCGAGCUUUGAGGACUUUAUUGGCAAGCUUAUCAAUCAAUAUUCGAGCGCGGUGGUGCAGGAGAAAACGUAUUUGACUUUGAUGGCGAUGAGGCAGGGGGAGAAGGAAUCAUUGAGGAAGUAUGUUGCUCGAUAUAACCAAACAUGUUUAGAG